AUGGCACCUCAUCCCCCAGAUGAUCAUGACCAAAAGCCAAGAGACCAGAGUAUCGAGAACAUCCAUCUCAUGGACUUCAGUAUCGACAAUAAUUUAGACGGAGAUGAGAAUCUUCUAGGGCAACGAGAUGCUGCAUUUCAAGGCCACUGGCCAGAUUUGCGGGUCAAAACAUCUGUACAUUCAGAUACAGCAGACUCAACAGAGCAAGCAAGCGUUCUGAAAGACGCCAAGGACCACUACAAAACUAGGAUCACACAAAGCGCCGAUGGUCUAGACCUUAAGCCAUUUCUCCAGACUUCCUUCGGGAAGCUGCCCCCAGAAAUACGGGAAAAGGUCUUCAUCGAAUUGCUCGCUACUCCACCGUCAUAUGCUGGCCAUGACUUCGCUACCAGCCCCCCGAAGCCCGAGAUGUCUCCAACAGCACCGGCACCAAAGAAGUUCGUGCAUAUCAAGGCAUCGUGGCAUCAGGUCACACGAACUUGCCGUCAGAUUUACAUUGAAUCACGCCCCGUGUUCUUUGCCUCCAAAUCUUACUAUUUGGCGGAUGCUCAAGAGUUGGAGCACUUCUUUCACUACGUUGAAGUUCCCUGGCGAACAACCUUUCGGUGUAAUACUAUCACUGCAUUGUGUCUAAAGGGUCUUGUUGCUUACCUACCCUUGUUUACUGAGAAGCAGAUUGACGACAUAUUCUCCGAUCCGACUGACAUGCUAGGCGUCUACAACACGCGGCAAGAACUCGAGGCGAUGACUUUCGAGACUCUCGAUAUUCCUCACUACUGUCCUCUGAGACGCCUCAACAGCCUCAGAACAGUCAGCCUGUGCAUGCGAGUUGGCGAAGAGAUGUUAUACGUCAAUCUCCUAUAUUUCUUGAGUGGCAUGCGGAAAGGCUUGGUAGAGUUUGUGAAUGCAUCUCAAUGGUUGAUACGUCCACAGGCUCCUGAGGACGUUUGGAGAAUUCAAUAUGCUUGUUUCAUCAAUGGCGAUUUUGCAAGGGGCAAAGACAAUGAGGACGUUCCAUAUGACACGCGCUGCAUUGAACUAGAGACCACGGACAUUGACUCACGCGCACCAGGACUAAAAGAGGGUGAUGAGCGCUAUGUUGAAGUUCAGAUCCAACUCGCCGCGAACCAGCAGCAGUUGCGAAAUCCCCUAGACGGAGAUGAAAACGACAUAGGGUGGGAAACAGCAUCUGAUCACAGCGACAUGGACCCAUCUACUCAAGACUCAACCCAGGCUCAGCCUGAGACACCACAAGACGAAGUCGAGGACAUUGCGCAGGCAGAAAUAUCAGAAAAUGACCACAUGUUCGCCGUACUUGAACCAGAGCCAAAUCGGACCAAUCAGUCUUCAUUCCUGGGGCCGCAAAGCGAAGCUGCCAGUGGCCCUCAAUCAGACACUGAUACAGAUCAGGAGGAGGGCCAGAUUCUGUUAGGACCUGGUAGUGAAGAAGUCUCUGGUACUCAGCCGGAAACACAGUCCGACCACCAGGCCACGGAUUCUCCAUCGUCCAGACCCUCUAUACGUGUAACACACGAUGCCCCAACAGAUAAUGAAGAUGAUCGAAGGUUCCUGCUCGACUCCGAAGACCCGGACAACCACGUUCAAACCGACACCAAAGCCAGCGAUCCAGCGCCCCAAGUGACAGAAUGGCAGCACGAUGACGCAUUCCACGCUGAGAGUGCAACCGAAACAGACCAAAUGCAAAGAAACCCAAACACCGAAGUCAAAAGCGAGAGCCGUCGCACAACCAUCAAGUAUCUAUCGGGCCAAAAAAGACGACUCUUGUUGGAUGUUCUGGACACACCAAAUCCGUAUACGGAGGAGGAGAUGGAAUCAUAUCAGGAGUGGCAACAACUGGCUAUUGGCGGAGCCCACCAGAAGACCGAGAGAGAUUCUCACCAAGGAGAACAGCCUUCUACGCCAAUUGGAAAAAGGCAGGAGCGUCAGGCGAAGGGCCCUGGCGAGGCAAGCCUGACCGCGACUCCCAAAGAAAAGCAUCCAUCGCCAGCAUCACCACAAGGUUCCGAGAUGCCCUCCAAAUCCGUCCCAAUGGGUGUCCUCUUUCUCUUUUUCUUGCUCCUGGCGAUAAGUCGUCAUUCUGAGUGGCUGUCGAACGCAGGUCAAGACAGAAAGGGGUCAAGUCAACGAUGGCCGGAGAUCACCGCCCGAGACGAUCUUCAGAUCAAAGUUGGCCAAUUGAAGACGGACAACCAAGACCUUGAGUCAUCAUUGACUUGGAAGUGGGCCGAUCAGAAGACGAGCGAAGAGCGCCGAGCCGAGCAAGAGAAGUUGGUGGCCGAAACCGUAAAGGCCUUAUCGGAUGCUACCACUACUGAAGAAGCACAGGACAAGCGUAUCGAGGAUCUCGAACAAGAGGUCACACACCAAAAGUCCGGGACGCAAGGAUCCAAGCUGGCAAGGACAAGAAGAAAGACCACUGAGCUGGAAAGAGAAGUGGCCGAUUUCGUGACGGAUACCGCUGAGCUCGAAGCUCAAGCCAACAUGAGAAAAGAAAUGGAAAGAGCCUUGAAGGACAGCAGCGGUGCGAAGGCCAGGGGAGAAAAGCUCAUCGGUGAGCUUCAAGCGCAAGUCACGUUACCCAAAGAUAUCGAGAGUCCGGAGGGAGACUUCACACAGCUCGAUUCUUCCACUGACCAAUCGGCUCUUCACCUCCCUCCAAAGUCGGCAGAAAAUCUCAAGGCCGCCAACGUCUGCGGUUACUGCCGGAGCAAAGGCAUGCUCCCACAAUCAGUCAUCAUUCCAGAAACUAAUGGAAGCGCAACAGGAUGGUCCGCGCAAUCAGCAGCGAGCAAGCUGAGGGAUGGAAUAGUUCACCUAACCAUCCGUCAACUCGAGGAGGCUCAGAAUAAUGGGCACCAUCCGACCUCAGAGGAGAGCGCGCGUCUGUGGGAGGAAUUGAUCGUCGAAGCAUGCGAGCAAGUCUGUGGUUGGCAAGCUGAGGGAUGGAAUAGUUCACCUAACCAUCCGUCAACUCGAGGAGGCUCAGAAUAA